GUGUCUACGGACAAAAGCUCCAUCGAGCCGUGCAGCAGAGGGCUGCUUGUUCCCAGAGACCCUCAGAGCAUCCAGACCCUCUGCUGUCCGAAUCCCAGACUCGGAUCCGCUCCCAAGCUCGUUUUCCUCCUGCUGCGGGAGCUCCAUCCGGAUAACUGAUGGAUGGGAAGAAGGGAAGCGGGUGAUCAAAGAGAGAAAGCUGGAGAGGAGAGAGAAGGAAACGUUUGUCUUGUCAGGAUUACAAUGAUAAAAACUCCACUUGAAGUUCUGGGUACUUUGGAAAAUUUUACUUUGACACAUUUUUUUGUAAAGUCUGAAAACAGAGGUAACUGUAAACGUUCUCCUGAGUUUUCCUGAAGACGCUUUUGUAUUUUGUGACUUUCUGGACCCGUGUCUUUAACUUAGAUGUGCUAAAGCCAGCUGGAUCACUUUAUUACUGACAACAUUCGUGGAAUAUUACUGGAAUCUUUGUUUUCCCAAAUCCCUACCCCACCUCCUUGUAAGCAGAUCAUCUUCUAGUAGACUAAGCAUCAUGGCUCCAUCGGUAGGGUUCUCGAUGUUCCUCUACCUUCUGCUGCUAGUUGUUGAUGCGAAGAGUGCUGAAGACCAUGAGAAGCAGAAGACCGACAUGGACAAACCGUCUUCCCGCAUCAAAUUAGAGUCUCUUUGGACCAGCCAGCAGCUCAAAACUCCAGAGGACCACAGCCCCCCUGAGAAGAACCCCCCUUUCCCUGAUAUGAUGGACCUGGACCUGGACCACCACCCCCGUCUGGCCCGUGGUGCUGAUGAGGAUGAGCAGCAAUCCACCUUCAGCCAUUCCUUUGAGAACGAGUGGGUGACAACGCCUCAAGUAACCAACUUCAGCAACACGACGACAGUAGGAGCUGAUGUUGGUGAGACGAAUGACGUCCACCUUCAUCCAAACACCUCCAGCCCAGACGAUGGUGGUCCAGGACUCUUUAACCCGUUCUACCCGCUGGUGGAGAGCUCAUACGCGGCCUACGCAGUUCUGGUCCUGGCCGGUCUGGUUCUAGCCAUAGGUGUGGUGGGGAACUUGGCUGUCAUGUGCAUCGUUUGGAACAACUACUACAUGAGAUCUGCCUGGAACUACCUGCUGGCCAGCAUUGCAUUCUGGGACUUCCUCGUCCUGGUGCUCUGCCUCCCAGUGGUGGUCCUGAAUCACCUCUCCCAUAGGAGGAUCCUUGGUGACAUCACCUGUCAAAUGGUGCCAUAUAUGGAGGUGGUGUCUCUCGGGAUCACCUCCUUCACUCUGUGCGCUCUGGGUAUCGGUCGUUUCCACGCCGCCACCUCCUCGUCCCAGCCCAAGGCUCGGCAGGUGGAGCGCUGCCGCUCGGUGCUGAUGAAGAUGCUGAUGGUGUGGCUGUCUGCUUUGCUGCUGUCCAGCCCUGAAAUCUUUCUGUGGCAGUUCAGUCAGACCACGUCCUCGUCCACCGGUAGGACGGUGGACUCUUGCACCAUCACACUGUCCUCUCCACUGUCCCUCUACCUGCCUGACUCCCUCCACUCCCUGCUGCUCAGGUACCACCAGGGUCGUAUGUGGUGGUGUUUCGGCUGCUACUUCUGCCUCCCCAUUCUCUUCACCAUCCUCUGUCAAAUGGCCACACGCAACGUAAACAGCGACUCAAGCGCUGCCCAGAAGCAGCGUAACCAUGACGACCUCUCCACCAGCCAGAAGCGCCAGCAGCAUCAGGCGUUGGAGCAGCAGCUCAACUGCACCCUGUUAGCAUUAGCGGUGGUGUACGGCAUCUGUGUUCUUCCUGAGCAUGUGUGCAACAUCACGCUGGCCUACGCACACAUCAGCAUCUCUGAAAACAUCGCCGCCAUGAUGGCGCUCUUACAUCACUUCCUGCUGUUUGUUAAGUGCUCAGUGACACCGGUGCUGCUGCUCUUCCUGUGUAAGGCUCUCGGCCAGGCCUUCAUGGACUGCUGCUGCUGCUGCUGUCAGGAGUGUCAACCAACCACGGCUCAGGGCUCACCAGGCUCCGCCCAUGUCAAACUGAAGGGAGCCAAUGAGACAUCUAUCUUCUUUGACAAGGCUAAAGACACAUCAGCCAUCUUGUCCAUCUCCAGCUAGAGCCAAGCCCAUGAAUCAGCCUUCCUGGUUUCCCAGUCAUUUCUUAGAGUAACUCCGACGUUUUCUUUCCCUCUUCACUGUUAACAGAACGUUUAUUCUCAUUUCCUCCUUUUCUUGCUUCCCUCCAGAACUUGUGAUGUUUUUCGUGUUCACACCUUGUCAGACCGUCUCCUGCUUAUUUGAUGCUCCUUUAUGGACAUGCAGCUUCCUGUGUGUGAAGAAAUUAAUGUUUGAUUACUUAGAGAAGUUCCUGUUGUUGCACAGUUGUCCGUUCUGACAGCAGGAGCCGGUUUUCCGGACUCCGAACGGACCCCUAAGGAAAAACCAGGUAGAGCUCUUAGACUGAAGUUGGGAGGUCUUAUUUGUUUUUACACAAAGUAAAUAGAGCUAAAUUAGACGAGGGAGAGGGAAAGGCUGGAGGUUUACUGCAGUGAUAAGAGACGCUGCCUGAAUAAGAACAAAGGUUUGAUGUGAUGUUGGUUGUGGUCAGAAUGAUUAACCCCCCCAGGACAUAAUCCAUCAUCCCGUUAUCAUCCACUUAUCCAGAGCCGGGUCAUAGGACAACAGCUAAAGUCAAGAGGCCCAGACUUCUCUCUCUACAGCCACUUGGGCCAGCUCCUCCGAGGUAAUCCGUAGGCGUUCCCUGGCCAGCCGGGAGACAUAGUCCCUCCAGCCUGCCCUGGGUCUUCCUUUGCGUCCCACCAGGGAGGCUUCCAGGAGGCAUCCUAUACCCAAGCAACCUCAACUGACUCCUCUUAGUGUGGAGGAGCAGCGGGUCUACUCCGAGCCCCUCCCGGAUGACCGAGAUUCUCACCCUAGCUCUGAGGGAGAGCCCAGGCACCCUGCAGAGAAAACUCAUUUCGGCCGCUUGUAGGUAUAUCUGCAGUACAAGUGUGACCAAAACAGUGAGUUUCUACUCUACCCAAAGCUCGUGACCAUAGGUGAGGGCUGUAGAUCGACCGGUAAAUCGAGAGCCUUGCUUUCUAGCUCAGCUCUCUCUUCACCACGACAGACCGGUACAACGUCCUCAUCACCAAUCCGCCUAUCGAUCUCACGCUCCAGUUUUCCCUCACUCGUGAACAAGACUCCGAGUCGAGAUACUUAAACUCCUCCACUUGGGACAGGACCUCAUCCCUGACCCGGAGAAGGCAUUCUACCCUUUUCCGAAUCAAGACCAUGGUCUCAGAUUUAGAGGAGCUGAUUCUCAUCCCAGAAAUCCUGUCCAUAAAAGUUAUGAACAGAAUUGGUGACAAAGGGCAGCCUUGGCGGAGUCCAACUCUCACUGGGAACGAGCCCGACUUACUGCCGGCAAUGCGGACCAAGCUCUUGACACCGGUCAUACAGGGACCUAACAGCCCGUAUCAGAGGGCCUGGUACCCCAUACUCUCAAAGUACCCCCCCACCCCACCCUCCCAAGGAUGCAGUCAAACACCUUCUCCAAAUCUACAAAACACAUGUAGACGGGUUGGGCAAAUUCCCACGCACCCUCCAGGACCCCCUAAGGGUACAGAGCUGGUCCAGGGUUCCACGGCCAGGACGAAAACCACAUUGCUCCUCCUGAAUCUGAGGUUCAACUACUCGAUGGACCCUCCUCUCCAGAACCCCUGAAUAGACCUUACCAGCUAGGCUCAGGAGUGUGAUCCCCCUGUAGUUGGAACACACCCUGCGGUCCACCACCCCGGUCUGCCAGUCCAGUGGAACUGCCCCCGAUGUUCGUGCGAUAUUGCAGAGCCAUCCAGAGCCUUAAGGAAGUCCGGGUGGAUCUCAUCCAUCCCCAGGGCCUUGCCACAGAGGAGCGUUCUCACCACCUCAGUGGUCCUUUUCCAAAUAUAGUUCAAAUAAAUCACCAUCUGAAAAAAGACACAAACUAAACACUUUCAACAUUAGUUUAUUUAAAAUGGUCCUUUUGCCAGUUUUAAUCCAUUUAAAAUAAUCAUUUUAUUGUGUUUUGGAAACAAUGUGAUUGUAUUAUAAAGGUUUACAUCCUGUUGGGUUAAACUGUUUAGCCUUCUUGUGUCGUGGUUUAAAAAUUCGAAUCUCCCAGGAGGAGGACUGUAGGGAGAACGAGGUCAGCUGCACACUCUGACCUCGGGAAAGCGACGGUUGACUCGGCAAACUACGAAAGUCUACAACUAAACAAAGCCAUCAAAUGAGGAAACUGUCUUAUGAUAAAUAUUGUAUAAACUACAUUUAGGCUCCACAAAGGAGCACAUUUAGAAAACUUGAGUGUACUUUGGACUCGUUUAAGCCUUUAAGCUUGAGCACUCCUUGUCAGCAUUUAUCGGGUGUCUUGUAGAGAAACCGCAUCGUUACUAAUAAGAUGAUGGUCUUCAGAUUUAAAACUACAAUGGCAAAUCUGCAAAACGAGCUAGCUUAAAACACUUUUAUGCCUAACAAUGUUCUAACAGAGUACAGGUAUAAAUACGGACAACAAAAGAUAUCUGGGUGUAGAAAAUGGCGACUGGUGUUUAGUGCUGUCUCGUUUCCUCUGACAAUGCCAGUUAGCGGUUCCGGAGAACUCAGAUCAAGUGAACGUACCUGAAGGGAGUAGGGUUGUCACGGUGUGAAAAUUUAACCUCACGGUUAUUGUGACCAAAAUGAUCACGGUUUUCGGUAUUAUCGCGGUAUUUUUUUAAAUGCGUUACAUUUUCAGACAACUAAAUAAACCCUGUAUAACAGGAAAAUAUUGUCCUCAGUUUGUGUCUAAAUUUUGCCUAAAAUGUGUUAUUUUCUAAUCAUGUUGUUUAUUUGUUUACAUAUUUCCCCUUUAGUCUUUAAAAUACCAUUAUCUGCCCAUAACUUCUUAUUUUUUGUCUUUUUUUACUUGUUUACCCUUACUUGAGUAAUAAACCCUAUAUCAGGAAAAUAUUGUCCUCGGUUUGUGUCCUUCCAGUGAGCUUUGCAGAUGUGGGAAAAUGUCAUCAGGCAGUAAUCGUUGUUAAAUUCAUAAUUAUUCUCGGAGAGAGACCAACUCUUAUCUGCCCCUGGGAGCCCCGUAAUGCAUAGCAUCAAUUCAACAUGGGGGUGUCCGCGACACGGUUUAUAUGCAGGUAGCGGCGCUGCGGCUGCUUUAUAUAGCAACUCGCUGCGUUCUCCCUCAACCCAAAUCCUCGGAUCACGCACUUUAGCUAAAACGCUAACGUUAGCUUGCCUUGCGUUGACUGUAGAGUUGUGGGUGAUGGUCACGCAGAUGUGUCAUGAGAUUUGAAGCGUUGCUGCCUUUCACAGACACUUUUUCUGCACGUGCUGCAAACAGGAUAGCCGUCUUCUAUCAGCUGUCCCUCGGCAUUCUUCAAAUAUCCAAAAAAUGCCCGUACUUCCCACUUUGUCUUCUUUGAGGGAUAAUAAAUGUCCUGAGUGCUGCCGUCUCCUCCUUUGGCCAUUAUUUCAGCUUUAGCUUCAAGAAAGUUUUGGUUGUAAACAACAAAGUGCGCAUGUGCCACCGGCAACUUCAGCAGAUGAUACGGUGGCUGGUAAGGGUCACCGCGCCUACACCGCAGCCACGCUAAUCCACCGAGAUAAUAUUUAUUUUUAAAAACAAGACGGUUAUUAUUAUUGUCAACUUUUUUACCGGGGUUUACCGCUACACCGGUUACCGUGACAACCCUAGAGGGGAGGGGUGAGUGUUUGCAGAUUCGCUAUAGUAGCUUUAAGAGUUGACGUUGGACCUGCUUCUGUAACACGUUCACAAGAAGAUUUUAUUUCCUCUGAACUCUGUAAAUGACACGAGCAACUGUUCCACUCAGCCCUGCUGUUCAGCUAGUGAUGUCAUGUGCCCGCCUGUGCUUCUUGUCUGUAAAUGAUGUCUAAUGACGAUACUAAUCAUCUCAAGAUGAUGAGAAGUUGGUGAAGUUAAAGAAUGCUCUGGAAAGACAAACCUGUGGGGAUCUUAGAACCAAGAUGGUUCCUAUAAACAGGAAGUGUUUAGGUUUAAUAAAGUGUUUUAACUUGAUGACUGUUAAACUACUAGAGCAGAUGAAGAAACCAGAGCUGUAGCGUAGCCCGUUAGCCUAGCCUAAUGAUCUGUAAAGAAGGACGGUGUUUGGACAUGGAGGAUUGUGCCUUUGUAAGUGUUGCCAUUACAAACUGGAUCAGAA